AUGCUUCAAUGGGCAGCUUCAGUCCUUAAAUUGAUCCGUUGGCAGGGCUUAUCUGGUGGGCUGCAGCAGCUUGCAUUCGCGGCGGCCAGCGAAAUUGUACCAAAGAAGUAUCGAGGUCAGACACUGGCCAUUAUGACACUUGUAUCGUUGCCUGGCUCCGCUUUCGGGGCACCGAUCGCAUACAGCAUCAUCACGGUCGCAGAUUGGCGCUGGACCUAUUACAUUGCUCUGAUAGUCAACGGACUUGGCUUUGUACUUAUCUUGAUAUGCUACUGGCCUCCGGACUUCCUAGCGCUUCAUCCAGAGGGCAAAAGUAGACGCCAACAGUUUGCAGAGCUUGACUUUAUCGGCAUGCUCCUUUUCGCUGGAGGACUCACUGUUUUUCUCAUCGGCAUUGGGUUUGGCGGGAAUCCAUACCAGUGGACGAGCGCUACCGUCUUGUGUCCGAUCAUAUUGGGCGGGCUCUGUGUCUUUGCUGCGUUUCCGCUCUGGGAAGUCUACAGCCCCGAUACAAUCGUCAAGGUCUGUCCUCCCCACCUCUUCCGGAAUUUUAGGACAGUCGUCAUACCUUGCGGUGUAACUUUUGUUGCGGGGAUGGCAUUGAUUAGUCUGGGAACCCUGUGGCCACAGCAGAUCGCUCGUCUAUUCACCACGGUCCCAAGUACAGUUGGGUGGUAUGCUCUUGCAAAUCAGGGGUGCGCAACUGUUGGAUUCGUGAUAUUCGGACAGAGCUUCGGAACUCUUCGGCGAACACGAUGGCAGUUUAUAUUCGUGGUCACCAUGAUGGCACUCUUCCUAGGACUCAACGCUACCGUCAAUCAGCAUACGCCUGCGCGAGCUGUGGUCUUUGUAGGCAUUGCCUCUGCCAUGGUUGGUGCAACGAAUUGUAUUGGGACUCUGAUCGUGCAACUCGGCGCAAAAGAUGAAGACAUUGGAUUGGCGACAGGUCUGCUCAAUUCUAUUCGCGGAGUCGGUGGUGGAAUGGGAGUCGCCAUUUAUUCAAGCUUGCUCAACAAUCGAAUAGCGAGCACAUGGGCAGUCGAAGUUGGCGAUGCAGUGGUGCAAGCCGGGCUGCCAACAUCUUCCGUUACGAACUUCCUCGAUAUUAAUCCAAACGUCCUCGCGGUGGGCUUGGAUGCUCAGAAAACGGUCUACGUCGGCGCUUUUCGGAUGGUGUAUCUGGUCACAAUUGCGUUUGGAGGGUUGGCGGUAAUUGGAGCUCUGUUCGUUGGAAGCGUUGAUGACAAGCUUACCCAGUAA